UCCUAAUAAGAAUAAUCUCUGCUUCCUUCCAUCCAAACCCUGCUACUGCUCUUGUCAUUUAUUGACAGUUAAUGAAGGAUCCAUAACACCAGCAGCAUCAGCACUUCUCUCCAGAACUCCAGCAUGGGCUGUUCUAGUAAUAACAACAUUUACUGUUACUGAGUCUCUGUGUCAGGCGGAAGUGGAGAGACGACAUUCAGACUCAUGAUAAUCAUUCAGGGCAUCAUGAUCAUGAUGGGCAGGAACUCAAAGCUGAGACCAGAUGGUUGAUGUAAAACUAAUAAUCUAAGGAAUAAUCAACAUAACAUCACUGUGGCCAAUAAUUUUCUUUAUCAGGGAGUCGGGAUGACAUCAGAGAAGCUGUUAAACAUUCUAGAAGACUUGAAAGAUGAGGAUUUCUCUAAAUUCAACUGGUUCCUGCGGCAGCCUGGAAGCCUGGAAGGAUUCGAAGCCAUUAAAAAAAGGCGCCUGGAACACGCAUCACGAUUUGACACAGUGGAUGUGAUGGUGCAGGCAUACAAAGAUCAUGGAGCAGUGGAGGUGACCAGAAAUGUUCUAAAGAAGAUCAGAAGGAACGACCUGGUGCAGAGUUUGUCUGACAGCAGCUCAGAAUCAGGAGUGGAUGUCAGUGAUGCUGGGGAGACGUCAGAGACCAGACCAACUUCCUCCUCUCAGGCUCCUCUUCCUCAGACUGAAGAUGUGAUGGUUCCAGUACCAGAGCCACAGCCCAUCACAUAUUACCAGCAGACGCUUCAAUCAAACCUCCAAGACAAGUUUCUUUGUAUGAAAGAAGGCUGGUCAGAUGACAAACAACGUCUGGAUGACAUCUACACAGAGCUGUACAUCACAGCUGGGCCGGACACAUCAACACACAUCAACACACAACAUGAGGUCCGACAGGUUGAGAUCACACAGCAGAAGCAAAGUUCAGCAGAGGAGCCAGUGAAGCCCAGUGACCUGUUCAAACAUCCCCCUGGUAAAUACAGACGCAUCAGAACAGUGUUGACCAAUGGAAUCGCUGGGAUUGGAAAAACGGUCCUUGUGAACAAGUUUGUGUUAGACUGGACCCAAAAAAGGUCCAAUCGAGAUGUGCAUCUGAUUUUCCCCUUCACCUUCCGUCAGCUGAAUCUGCUAAAGGGACAGAAGUUUAGUUUGUCAGAGCUCAUUCAUGAAUGUAUCCCAGAAACUGUGUCCAUCAGUCUGGAGGCUCUGAAUUACAUCUUUAAACAUCUACCGUCAUCAGGAAACAGCAACUAUGACAAGGGCAGGUUUAAACUUCUGUUUGUGUUUGAUGGACGGUUCGGCUCACCGCUAUUCUCCGCGCUUAUGGGGUGCCAAAUGUAAAAGUAGAACCUAUAACUAGUUUUCUCACAUUUAACUAAAUGACACAACAUGUUUUCUCACAUUUAGUUAAAUGUGCAAAAGUCUAAAUGUAAAUGUUAAAUAUAAAUGUAAAUGUUAAAUAUAAAUGUAAAUGUUAAAUGUUAAAUCUAAAUUUAAAUGUUAAAUCUAAAUGUUAAAUGUAAAUGCUAAAUGUUAAAUGUUAAAUGUUAAAUGUUAAAUGUAAAUGUUAAAUGUUAAAUGUUAAAUGUUAAAUGUAAAUGUUAAAUGUUAAAUGUAAAUGUAAAUGUUAAAUGUUAAAUCUAAGUGUUAAAUGUUAAAUGUAAAUGUUAAAUGUUGGCCGAGUGUAAAACUGAAUAUUCAUAAAUGGGCAAGUAGACUCCAUCCCUACCCUCAAACAGCGCUGGUCUCAGAUCAGAGACGCGAACUCAAACACGACAUGUGUGUCACUGUUUCCUGCACUGUGGAAGUAACAGCCUAGUGCUGAAGGAGCUGCUCAGAGCCUCUACAGUGGUGCAGGGGGUGGAGGGGUUCUCCAUGACGGAUGUUCAUUCCAACAUCCUUCUGUCCACCACCUCCUCCAUGGACUCCAGUGUGCAGUCUAGGACAGAGCUUUCUGAACCUGCUUGUUCAGUCUCUUCCUGUGUCUAC